AUGGUAGAAGGAAAAGACGAGAGAAAGCCAAACCGAAUAAGUCCAUUUUCACCAGAGGCUCGUGUUCCACUACCAAGUGAAAUCGACGAAAACAGUUAUGGAACUACUGUAUGGAAGAGAAAUGAAAGGGAGCGAUUACGUGUUCGUUGUGUGAACGACGGAUAUGAAAGACUGCGUGACCAUCUACCGCUUACCGAAAGCGAUCGUCGUAUUAGUAAAGUGGAUACAUUACGUUUGGCGAUACGAUACAUACGUCAUCUGGAAGCUCUACUACAGGAUUACGACCACUGGGCCAAAUGUGACUGUUUCCAGACCUUUCAAACCGAAUCCGAAGAACGGGCCGAGCGUCUUCGCAGAAUCGAUCGCAGGAAACGUGCGUUGGAUGACGCAAUAUCUUCAACUCCAUAA